AUGACUUUUAUCCACUUAUCAAUCUUCUUAACUACUGCCUUGGCCAUAACAGGAGUUCAAGCUUCGUCCGAAUGUUGGACAUCCGUCCACAAUGAGACAAUCCCUCUGUUUAAUAGUGCCCCAAUCACCUUCAGCUAUAAUCUGAACACGGCCACCGAUUGUUUGAACUGGUGUGGUCAAGUGGAGAAGUGUGAAGCUUGGGUCUUUGUCGAGCAUUCCAAACAGUGUGAUCUUCACCCCAAGGCGGCGCUGACCAUUGACCCAAACGCCGGCUUCACCUUUGGGGGUUGUGAUCCAACCACCGUCAACAAGACUCAGCUGGCCGUUGAUACCCCUAUCGUGUCACCUAGCGCUGCUCCCCGUACGAAACGCGGAGAAGGCCAUCACGUACACAGCCACCACCACGGCCACCACCACGGCCACUAA